AACAUAGCUGCGCUCAAUCGUACAGCUCAGGCAUCAUGCAUGCAAAGGGUGAGGCUUGGCGCGUUUAGUCUGAAGACGAAUUUUAAAGCACAAAUCGAGUCAGAAAGCGUAAAAUUCGUCGACUGUUUACACUGAGGCUUCUGAAUGAGUAACAGAAAAUGACGGCACUACCGCGAGAGGUGUUCAAAUGGUUGCAGAGCCUGGAUCUUACUUUCCCAAUCAGAAAUGUGCGAAGAGAUUUAUCUAAUGGUUACAUCGUGGCUGAGAUCUUCUCUUGGUACUUCCCUCAAGAUAUCCAGAUGCAUAAUUAUGACAACUGCAGUGGCCUGCCCGGUAAACUAGGAAAUUGGUCACAACUCAAAACGUUUUUCAAGAGGCGAAAUAUUGAGAUUCCUGAAGAGUUGAUUGAUGGGACCCUUCACUGUAAAACAGAUGCAGCGGAGCUGUUAGUGCAGUUCCUCUACACCAAGCUCACCAACAGGAAGGUGAAAAGACUUGCCUUGGGUCACGAUAUUGACUUCACGGACCACGCCUACCAGCUUCAGCUACCAAUGCACGCACGAUCGACAGCUUCUACUGCGGUCAAGACCAACCUGAAAAUCACAGAGUUCCAGACUGCACCCAAUAUCAUCACCUGUCAACAAAAGGCCCAGGAGAUCAUCCAUAAACACAUCCAGCACCGGCAGGAGGAGCGACUGGAAGAUCCUGAACAUUUUGACAUCAAGCCCACCAUCGGUCAGAAGUGUGUCCGCCGGCCCCCACCGGCCAAUACCUACACUGGGGAGGAUGUGGGAUGGAAGGACCAGUCGCAAGCUGUCAGCCGCAAACAGAACACAUCCACAAGGAAACGUAGCCCAGAAGUUCCGUCCAAUGCCAAAUUGCCUUCUGCCACCAAUGUUACCUUCCGUGAGAUCCGGGUCAGCCAGAUGGACCACACCUCCCAGCCCGCCUUAUACCCCGUUGCUAGCCUGUCCUCAAGUCCCGUACUUCCACCCAUCGGUAGUCAGUCAUGAUGGCAGCAAUAACCAAGACACUGUGUCAGACGUUUUGUCUAUGGCUCUGGCUGUUUGUCACAGGUCCCCAGCUGUCAGUAGCCACAGCCAUAGGCAAGAAUGCCCAGUUUGGGUAAAAUGUUGGAAUGGUUCCACAUUGGCUGCAUCAUAAGAAGUUGAAACGAAGAGUUGAGGCUCCACCAUGACUUGGCGACAGGCUUCUUACCACUAACUUGCUCAUACCUGCUUUGGAAAUCUCAAGUUUUAUAAUGCAACACUUACAACUGGGCUAAAAUUGGACUUGAAACCAUUUUAUCAUGAAGAGAUUUUGGGGGGGCAUUGUAAAGCUUUUAACUCAAAUGGAGCCUUUUUAAAAUGCAGCAGUUUGUGUACCAAAUAUUAGAAUUUUGUGUUCAUUUUGAUGAAAAGACAGCUAAAAUUUAUUCCUACUGUAAAUAUACCUGUUUUCCCUACUACCAAGAAUGGUGUCCUAAGCUUAAUCCAGAUACACUACACUGUUUCGAACAGUGUACUCUGUCCGUCUUCAGGAGACUGUCCGUCUCCUGAAGACGGACAGAGUACACAGGUCGAAACGUCGAGUCAUUCCCCGGUUCUUCUCAGAACCACACAUACUCAAGAAAGAGAUUGAUCCAUGGUGUAAUCGCAAUCGUUUCACUCGUAUAGUUCUUUCACCGUGAAAACCUUCAAGUCUUACAGUUGUAGUUUCAGUUCAAACUCUGAUUGUUGGAACUCUUACCCUAAUGCAAUUUGGACGUUCAUUCAUUCUGUAAAAUAAGAUACUUAGAUUAAUAAGAAAUUAUAUGUGAUUUAUUUAAACUCUUAUUUUUUGGUUCAACUUGUUGCCAGCAUGUUAAUAAAGUUGGUUUUGUAUAGCACUUUCA